AUCGUCAGCCAGCUCGUUGCGUCUCCCCUCCCAACGUGAGAGGACGCGCUGGGCUACCUUCUAUAACCAGUUGUUUUUCGCAGGCAGAUGUGCAGGAACCAACGGCUUUCGCGAGCGCCUUGGAAGGACUGAGCAUUGGUACCCACGUUUUGUUGCUAAGGGAAACUCUAUGUAUCGGAUCCACUUGCCAUGACACUUUCACUUACAUGAGAACAUUUUCAUUCAAAAAGACUCGAAUUUGUAUGAAAUGCGCACUGCCACACAUCGCUGCGGAUAGACACCCUCAGACACCUCACCUGCUACCACAACGAUGUACGUGUUGAUGGGAUCACGGGGAACCUUGUUCGCUGUACUCUUCCUCCUCUGCAGGAUUAUGGAAGACUCGUUGCUGUGUGCAGAAGUAAAGGAGGGUGAGAUUCUGCCCCCCACCAUCCAGAAGCUGAUGAAGGGAUAUAACAAAUAUCUUCGUCCUUUCUUUGACAAUGGGCCAGUCACAGUUGGAAUGAGUCUGGAUAUCGCCAGUAUCGACACAAUAUCAGAAAUCAACAUGGACUACACUGCCACUAUAUUCCUGAGGCAGCGCUGGACGGAUGAGCGCCUGUGCUUUAAUGGAAAUAAAAGCCUGAGUCUGGACGGGCGGCUGGUGGAGCUGCUCUGGGUGCCGGACACUUUCAUCGUGGACUCAAAGAAAUCCUUCCUCCAUGACAUCACCGUGGAGAACCGUCUGAUCCGAAUCUUCCCAAACGGGACGGUUCUGUAUGCUCUGAGGAUCACGACGACAGUGGCCUGCAAUAUGGACCUAACUAAAUACCCCAUGGACAAGCAGACCUGUACACUGCAGCUUGAGAGCUGGGGUUACAACAUCAAUGAUGUGAUGUUCUACUGGACCAGAGGCAAUGACUCAGUCAGUGGGUUGGACACACUGCGUUUGGCCCAGUACACAGUGGAGGAUCACUAUACUUCUGUAUCUGAAGCCAUCUAUGAGACAGGGAACUACCCCAAACUGAUCUUCCACUUUGAGCUUAAGAGGAGCAUCCUGUACUUCAUUCUGGAGACAUACGUCCCAUCCAGCCUGCUGGUAGUGCUGUCCUGGGUCUCCUUCUGGAUCAGCCAGUCCUCUGUCCCUGCCCGCAUAUGCAUAGGUGUGACCACGGUGCUGACUAUGACCACUCUGAUGAUGGGUGCACGAACGUCACUGCCCAACGCCAACUGCUUCAUCAAGGCCAUCGACGUUUACCUCGGCAUCUGCUUCAGCUUCAUCUUUGGGGCACUGAUCGAAUACGCCGUCGCCCACUUCUGCACCCUGCACCACCCAGAGGGCGCCAGUGCCUUCAUGUAUGGACAGCAGGUUCAGGAAUGUGAGGACGAGAUGAAUGGCAUCGUCACCACCAUUGCCAGCAACUCCAUUGGCUUGAAGAAGCGCAAGGAGACGUCGGCCACCACGGCAACAUCUGCAACCUCCGCGACCUCCGCGGCCUCUGUCCACGGGCCCGGCAGCCCCUCCGGCAGCGAGACCCAAGUGGACACGCCGGCGUUGUCUCCAAGCCGCUGCGACAAGUCUAUGUCCAUCCUCAAGAGGGCGCUCUGCUUCCUGAACUGCUGUCGUGUGGAGAACCCGCACUACAUAGACAACUAUGCUCGCAUGUCCUUCCCCCUGUCCUUCAUUCUCGUCAACCUGCUCUACUGGACAUACUACUUGUACUUUUAAUGCCCGCGCACAUGUUUGUGUGGCUGCGUGUGUGUGUGCAUGAGUACUUGUGUGUAUGUGUGUGCGUUUGUGU